AUGCAGGCAUACCUCGAGACCGAUCCUGCAACGCGGACAACCAAGGAUGAGUACAUCAUGCGCUACCAGCGAUUUGCCAGGGAUGACUUGGAGCGUGCGCUGCAGAAAUAUGAGGCUCUGCACAGCACCAUUGGUGAGGAUGAGAUGAAGCGGCUGAAGAAGUCCGAAGUGCAAUUUGCGCUGACUGUGGCUGACUCGCUACUAGGGAGAGACAAACUUACCAGAGCGCUCAGGUGA